GAAGUGUGAGGGAAAGAGAGAGAGGGAGAGCAAAAGAGAGAGAGAGGAGGAGGAGGAGGUAAAAAGGCAAGACAUAGUAGGACAGACAGUAUUGGAGGGCAGCAGUAUACAGUAGCAUACUGCUGUGUUGUGAUUAUGGAGUGAGCAUGGAGCAGCAGGAGCAAAACAAGUGGAGAUGGGGAUACAAUGAGGACACAGCUUGGCUUCAUGCCUGAUCAAUAAAAGGUAAAUUAGUUCAAAAUCUGAGCAUUAGAAAAAAGGGCUCAUUUACCAGAGCUGAUUUGCAGAACUGACCGCCUGCAGGAUCCCCUGAGUUUGAAUUCUACCACCAAGGGAUUUGAAAUAUGAAGACAAAGUCACUCUAAACCUUGUGGAUCUAUGAGGACAGAAAAUUGAAAGCAGGAAACUAGCUUCUGAAAUUUUGGACUCAAGAAAACAAGACAUCUUGCAGCAGGAUCAAGCAAACACUAAGACGGAUGUAAUGGUGUGGAAACACUGCCACUCUCUCGAAUAAUCAGACUAUUGAGUCAGCCAGACAAGGGAUGGGGAGACGAGCGGCUGACCUGACAACUCCAGUUCCAGUUUUAGGUGUCCCUGCCCUGUUUGGAGUGCGUGGUUGGAGGACAACAGGAGGAGACAGAACCGGAGGAGUCCUGCUGCAAACGUGGGGACCUCAGUGCAGCGUUGGUGUUCAGACGUCCCCAGGGAUAAGCAGACCAUCCGCCCAGCACAGUGGACAGCUAACUGAUACACUCUCGACAGCAUCAAAUAUCAUUACUCAAACAUCCAACAGCUGUAUUACCAAGGAAACGGAAUACAAGGAUGUAUCACCUUUAACAAAGAGUGACAAGGAGAAAAGGGCUACUUUAAAACAGAAAGGUGGGGAAUCCAAGACAAAAAAGGAAGUGACUUUCAAAGCACUUGGAGGUGAGGCCUCUAAGAAUGUGGCCUGCAGUCAGAGGAACAGUUGUGAGACUUAUUGCUAUGCCAGGGCAAUCAAGACCAACCCACACUUUGCAGGGAAGAUAACCAAUGUCAGGCCAAAAUUGAAAUCUGCUGCCCGCUACACCAACGGCAGUGUGGUUGAUUCUGAGGCGAUAGGUGGAAUUAGCGUUCAUAACGAUGAAGCAGAGCCUGUUGAAAAUGCAAACAAACCUCGUGUAAGAGACCAAACCAGACUGCAAGGUCAUUAUGCAGAGCGGUGUGGGCACACGCUGCUGUUAUCUGCUGCUCGACCUUUCGGUAUGCCACAAAAAAUAUGCAGCCAUUGCGGUGGCAGACAGUCUGUAACCACCAGACUUGGGACUUUGGGGGAGAAAAGCUCUACUGCUGAUGCUUGCCUUGGAGAGAAACCAUUUAAGUCGGCCCUCACCGCGCUCUCGACUACCACACAUUUCCAGAUGCCCCUUAUUGACAAAAACCUUAAGCAGGGCCAUCAUGAAUUCUCAGAGAGCAUCACAAACACAGACAAAAGGACAAACAAUAAUCCACAAUUGUUCUAUUUUAACAAAGAACUAAAGUAUGGAAAAACACCACACCCAGCAUGCCCAGUGCACUCUAGGAGCAAUUUGGUCACUUUGUCACAAUCACAGGCUGCCAUUGAUGCAACAUCCCCUCAACCCACAACUAUCAUACAUGCUAAAACCAUCACUGUUACUAAAGCCACUAUUGAAACACGACAAGAGGAUGCCAGUUUCAAAUCAUUCGCAAAACCAUCACAGGACAGUAAGAUCCCUCGACCGACUAGUCUCAUGUUGACUCCACAGAUGGCCACAGCUACUAAACCAAACAACCCACAUCCACAAAGUUAUCCUAAGCACUUUAAAAUAUCCCAACACAACUCUUCGCAACAUAAUGUCCCACAAAAUGUAUGUGGGGGUAUAAAUGCCACACCUGAACAUGCUCUGUCGUCACCUUCACACACAUUCAUUGCCAGUACAUGCCCUACAACUCUUAACACUGCACCGAUGUCCACUGAAAGUAUACUCGCUAAAGUUGCAAAUGCUCGACAUGAAACACACAAAGCACAAGGAAACAUAGGAAUAAAUACAAUUUAUAGGCCCCAAAUGAUACCUAAAUCUCCCAUCUCAUUGCUGACAGCCAAUGCAUUAGACCCCAUUCAUAAAGUGGAAACAACUGCACAGCCUACAUCUGCAGGUCCACCACAUACCUCACGCGAUCCAGGUCACACACCACAAAAAACGGCAUCCUUCACUGUUGACAGCAAAUCACCAGAUAAAGCAUCUUCAAUUGACACUGUAAUGGACUCAGCUGGAUUCCCCACACCACACCCAACAACACCACACCGACUUAUCAGCGCUGUUGUCCAACAGAGCACUUUGAAUCAUACAUCUAAUUCAGAUCAAAGUACGCGUACUAGCACUGAACAUAAAUCUGUGACUCCACAUAUUGACCAAACUCAACGGAACUCAAAUUCUGAACCUCCACUUGGCGUUUCUACAGCAUCCCCAAACCCAUCACCAAGUGCAGCGAAACCCCUGGACUCAAAAGCUAGGUUGCCUUCAAGUGCAACUCCCAGUUCCAAAUCAACAUACAGCAGCACUCUAUACAAAAAUAAAGCCCUCAGGUACUCCUCAAUCAAUCAGAAAAAUUAUCCUCCCACAGCCUCCACCUCUUUAUCUACAUUGACAGAAAACCAAAGUCAUGUCUGUGCAUCAACCUCACUUCAAUCAGCCGACACAACACAACACAUCAAACAUAAUAAGGUGCCUCAAGUAAAUCAAUCCGAUCACAGACAAGAAACACACAGCAGAACUCAAACCAGUAAUGAAUCGGGCGUGAGCAAUGUUUUUAAUCAGGAAAACUCCACAACCCCGGUUUCAUUAUCUGAGCCGCUAAAUGUGUCAAAACAUCAUAACAGAGGCAGUGAUGCGAGCCCCCACUAUCCUCAACCAACCACUAUUCCUAAUACUGAAUCACAUACUGAUAAAAACAAAUUCAGUGGUAAUCUAAUCAAUGAAUUAGCUGUGCAUGAGUCAAAUGACCAUGAAAAUUCAAAUCUGUCCCAGGUCACCAACCUUCAGAAUUACAUUUCCCUAAUUAAGUCAAGCAGCUCUCGUCCGCAGGGUUGCAUAAACAAAGAACAACAAAGGCGUGCACAUUAUCAAGGGUACACAGAAACACAACAUGAGGGACACUGUGCUACAUACCCAUCAGUAAAAACACCCCAAGAGACAGAUUCAAAAACAGAACAGUUUGCUUUGGGUGUAUCAGUCAGGCAUGCAAAUAUUAAGCUGAAAUCCAACGCGGAUAAACAUACACUCCCCAAUUCUUCAACACCCUCUGCCAAAGCACAAACAAACUGUGAGUCCACUAUCUCAUCACUGGAAAACACUGCUGCACACCCCGUAAUCAAAUUUUCAGUCCACCAAAAUUCUGAUUCAGAUACUUCAUCACUACCACAAGCACACACAAGUCCAGAGCUUUCAUUCACUUCUGUAGCCCCUUUUAACAGCAAGGGAUUGCCUUGUACGCACACAGGCCCUGAAUGUAAUUCCAUAUUGCCAUCAUCAACAAUGCACUUGGCAUCCCUGGCCCGCCUCCAGUCCUGCGUGGCAGAGGCAAUCGUCAAACUGGAUUCAAAGUCUAGCCCUGCUCCCCCUCCGUCGGGCCCAGAGGACACCAGCCUGGCUCACUCCCACCCAGCUGCUGCAGCCCUGUUGCUGCCUCCGUCCCCACAGUGCUGCAAAUCAGCAGCCCUACAGCAGAGGCUCGAGAGUGUGGAGGCCAGCCUGGCAGCCAACAAGGACAGGAUCACCACUCUGCUUAACAUUAUCCGUGACCUGGAGAUGUGCCACUCUCACAGCAGCGGUCGGCGAUUUUACAAAACUGGACAGGACCUCAACAACUGCUCAACCUGCCAGAAGACUGCUUGUAUUGUCUACAGUGUGGAGUAUGACUUCAGGCAGCAAGAAGGACGCUUCUUGGAGGUUUUGAACCAUGCAGAAAGAGGAAAUCAUGCUUUCUCCAUGCACCUAUCUUCGCCCCUGAACUUCAGCCUGCUCAGAAAUGUCAUCAUUAAGAGCUUAACAAAGUCAAAGGUGAGAAGCAAAAAGCUGUGUAAGACCCUGUUCAAAUGGCCGCCCAGGAAAAUCCAGCAAGUGUAGACCUCUCAACAAAGCCUGUGUGCUGUUUAGUAGCCAAUCGCCUGUGUUACAAGUGACCGGCAGAAGCCUUUGCAGAGGACUCUUACGAUCCCCUUCCUACUCAUAGAAUGAGAUUACUCUGAAUUAGGCUCUUACCCAGUAGAGUUCCACUCUCAUGCACAUUGUCGAGGCUUAUGAACAUCAUUUUGUACUCUAAAUUGCCCAUAAUCUUUGUGACUGUCAGCUAGUAUCAUUCAUAAGGAAAUCUUUAUUUUGCGUUUGAGAGUUAAUGUUAUUUUGUUUUCAACACGCCUGCUUAAGAAAGGUAGGGCUAACAACAGACACAUACUUCUUAAUCUAAUUUUACACAUGAUUUUCUGUUAUGCACUGAUUGCACUGUUAUGAUUAAUGCACUCUGAGUUUCAGUUGACGUUACAUUUUCUCUUCAAUGGUCCCCUUUUUCUGCUUCUCCUAAGGGCGCUUUCACACCUAUAGUUCGGUGGACGUGGUGCAUCAUUUGGUUUGGUUUGCUUUCACACUGCACGUUUUCAAACGCAUCAAACACUUUAAACAAAUGUCGCGCAAUCGAAACGGUCGCUUGUUUAUUCGACAGACUGUCCAAAACUUGCCGACGCUUCUGGUCUCUGAA